UCUCUCUCUCUCUCUCUAGUAUCAAAAAUAUCUUGAAUCCCAAUCUCUUGUUCCUUCUUCUGAUCAAAUUGUGAAGAAGGGCAACAGAAGCCAUCUGAGAAAAGAAGCAUCGAGUGGAGGAGAGAGAAGGAAGGGAAAGAAGAUCUCGUGGUAGGAGCCAAAGGGAGAAGAGAUGUGUUGAGUGUUGUAGUAAUAAGGAGGGGAGAGAGGAAGGAGUCGGAGAGGUUUACAUGUCAGUCAGAGUUAAGGAAGCGAUAUCUUACGUACUGUUUUCCUUUUCCUCCCCUUGCUUCUUCUCUUCUUUCCUUGUAGUUCGAAGAGAACUAUGAUCUUUCAUUCAGAAUAAUCUAACUUGUUGUAGAGGAGACACGCAAAGGUUGAGAUCUGUUUAUGAAUCAUCCGUAGAAUUUCUUCAUCAUGGCUCAGGAAUACAGUCAGUUCUUGCUGGGAAUCAAUCCCUUGAUACAGGGCUUGGAGCAUAACCAUGAGCUCUUGGGCAUCCAAUCAGGCGUGGAGAUGCUGGGGGUUCCAUCCAAGCGCCAGGGUUCUCACUUCAUGAAGAACUUCGUCCACCGAAGCCUCCCCGAAUCGUCCAACGGGAACUUUGGGAUGGGGUCUGCAGUGAGCACAUGGCCGGUGGAUGAUUCCUCGUCGAUCCCCCUUUUUAAUUGCCAAGAGGGCGAGCAACUUGACAGGAAGCUUUCCUUGUCCCACUUCAGUGUGAAGUCUCCUGAUGGAAUCGGGCUGCCCGACUCCUUGCAGCAGCAGCAGCUCUUCGUGCAUGCGAGGAGGGAGCACUACUUGAAGAAAUCCAAGUACCUAAAACCAACACAGGAGCUUCUGAGUGAAUUCUGUAACAUACAGGAAGGACAUAACUCAAAGGAGGGACCCAAACAGGGAAGCCGCCGGGAGGAAGGGGACCCUUCUUCGUGGCAACAGUCUCUAUACUCCAUGAACCAUUUGGAGCUCCAUAAGUUGAAGGCAAAGCUCUUUUCCAUGCUAGAAGAGGUGGACAGGAGGUACAGAAAAUAUUGUGAGCAGAUGAAGGCCGUGGUCUCAUCGUUCGAGACGAUGGCCGGGGAAGGAGCAGCUGAUGUCUACUCAACGCUGGCGUCCAAGGCUAUGUCGAGACACUUCAGGCGCCUCAAGGACGGCAUCGUGGACCAGAUCAACGCGGUGAAGAAGGCGAUGGGGGAGACGGACCCGAGUGCACCAGGAGGAACCCGAGCGGAAACACCACGGCUGAAGCUGCUCGACCAGUGCAUUCGACAGCAGAAAGCACUGCAGCACGGCAUGGUGCAGCAGCUGCCAUGGCGGCCGCAGAGAGGCCUCCCCGAACGCUCUGUCUCUAUUCUUCGAGCUUGGCUCUUCGAGCAUUUCCUUCACCCGUAUCCAAGCGAUGUUGACAAGGUCAUAUUAGCUCGGAAAGCUGGACUGUCACGAAGCCAGGUCUCCAAUUGGUUCAUAAAUGCAAGGGUGAGGAUAUGGAAGCCAAUGGUGGAGGAGAUGUACUCGGAGGAGAUGAAGGAACUGGACGCCAAGUCCAACCAAAACCCUAACCCUAACUCUGCCCUCAGCCUUGUCCAUAAGCCUUUCCUCAACGACUCGGAAUCACUCUCAUCGAUCAUAAAUAGCAGUCACCAUGGAGUUCAUCAACCUCAGCAGCAGCGGGUCUCCGGCGCAGACCACUUUGGAGUCGUCGACUACGACGUCUUCUCCUCCUACGGCAACUUUGCGAGUGACGACUUGAGGAGGAGCGUGUCGUUGACGCUGGGGCUACAGCAGCACAACGGAGGAGGCAUGAGCUUAUCCUUCUCUGCAGCCUCUCAACAGCCCCUUCACCAUGGCCGACAGGGUGAGCUCUCCAUGUUAGAUGGGGAGGCACAAGGCGUUCCCCGCAGGACCUUGAUGGGGACUCAAUUGCUGCAUGAUUUGGCAGGAUAGAAAGAGGAGGAGAGUACUACAAUAUGUUGUUGAGGCUAACUGAGAGCAAGAAUCGAUUCACUGCAAGUAGUAUAGAUUAUAUAUAUGGAUCGUAUCGAUUGAUCCUUACAUGUUAAUGCCAGUGAUUAGGCAGGCCGACGUUGACUAUUCUUAUACAUGCAUAUCUCUUUUGACA